AUGAUCAUGACUGGAAUCUUUCUUCUGUUUGCCGCAGUGCCACUGGUAUGCUUUGCGGAGGAAAAACCAGAAGUGCCUGAGGGAUGCAUAUUAGUAGGCAACAGUUUAUUUAACAAUGCACUCUGCCAUGAUACCUUAAGAAGUGCGCUAGGAGAUUACUGUCGACGAAUCUAUGCCAACAGAGGGAACGAGGGGCAAUGGAUUGGAGAUAUAGGUAAACACACAGACGACUGCAAAGUGUGCUGCAUAAGAAGAUUAAAAAAUGGUACUGAAACUUAUGAUGUAACUAAGGCUCCAAAUACCCUUCCAUGCGGCCAAAAUAAGACCUGUCAAUAUGGACGUUGCCUCCCAAAACGAUCAGCAUCCCUCAUUGGAGCAUAG